AACGAAGUAUCGUGAAGAAUUAGAGGUUUGGAUAUCGUUGUCCUUCCUCUCUUUUUCUCUUUCUCUCUCUUUUUCUCUCUCUUUCUUUCUCUCUUUCUCUUUCGUUGAGAAGGAAUAGUGGUGGUGGUGGUGGUGGCAGCAGCGAGUCUCGAGGGAAGUACGAAAAGGAUGCGGUGCAUCGAGUCGUUGGCGUUCCUCGUCCUAUGCCUGCUGCUGAGGCCGAUUCUCGCGGAAGAUGGUGACUUAUAUUUCUCAGUUAGUCCUGCUGAGCAUUCGGUGGUUGAAGGACAUCCAGUUCGUUUGAGAUGCGAGGCUCAGCCGAGUACUCGCGUUCAAUACUCUUGGAAGAUCGAUGGAAAACCAUUGGCACCGAGUCCAAGAAGGCAUCACGUUGGCGGUGAUCUCUACAUAACUAGAGUCGAUCGGAUACUCGAUAGUGGAAACUUUGUUUGUGUAGCGACUCAUGUGGAAACUGGUUAUUCGAUCGAGAGCUCGCCAGCUAAAAUCGACGUACAAUGGAUAAGCGAAGCCAGCGUUCAAUUGCAGCAACCAAAAUUGCCAUCACCCAUUCAGGUUGGUGGCGAGGUCGAGCUACGAUGUCACGUCGAUGGAUCCGGAGACAUGAAAUACGGCUGGUUCAAGAAUACAGCGAGUAUAACGAAAAGCGAUCGGCUUGAGAUAAAAAAGAAAAAAUUGCACAUACAUCGCGUUAUGCCAGAAGACAGCGGUAUGUACACCUGUGUGGCACAAAACGAAGCUGGGUCCUCACCGAUCAGUGAUAGUUAUCCUUUGGUUGUAACCGGAAAUGAGACGGCCACAAUAAAACUCGUACCAAGGAAUUUAAUAGUUAAACGUGGCGAACCUGCAGUCUUUGAUUGUUUCUUCGAGGAUGCUGAUGUUGUUCAAUGGUUUUUCAAUAACAUAGGACCUUUGGAAUCGGACGAAGAAAAAACCGUCUUUGAUAAUGGCACCCUCCUUAUACGCGCCACUGAACAUAGAGAUCAUGGCUUUUAUUCCUGUCAUGGACAAAGGGUUGACACCACACAGACAUACACGGUCGAAUUGAGAAUCGCCUCUCUAAUGAAUCUCUCCGCGGCAUCUUUCGAACCCACUUUACCGAAUCAAGUGGCUAUAGUCGGCGAAGAUCAGGAACUACAAGUUAGCUGUUUGGAACCCUGCGGUGUACCGACUCCUAAGGUUUAUUGGAGAGAUCCCAAGGGUCAUAUUAUAAGCGACGCAGGUCCCAUUCGUGUUCAGGACAAUACACUCAUUAUUGGGAAAGCUCAGAUAAACGAGGACGAUGGAAAUUAUACUUGCGUUGCGGAAAAUCUUGCCGGUGAAACUGACAUGUCCGUUCAAGUGAUCAUAUCAACACCGCCGACAGUGAUCAGUUCGCCAGAAUCAUUAAGCGUGAUGGAAAGUGAGCCAGUAACAAUGACUUGUUCUUAUUCCGGUAUGGAGUCACCUGUUACACAUAUUCGAUGGUUCAAAGAUGGCGAACCUUUGAAAGAAACCGGCGGACCAACCAGACAUCGGGUUACCGAUCAUCACGGUAACGUAACUUUACACUUCAAAAGCGUUGACUUAUCGGACAAAGGUAUAUACGCUUGCGAGAUAGAAACGAAGGGCUUCCUACCGAUAUUCUCCGAUCCGGCUACGUUAACGAUCGAAGAGAAACUCAAAUUUUCACCACCUCCUGUCAACAAACGUUUAGAACUUGGAUCAACCGCUAAAGUUUCUUGCAAGGCUCAGGGUGCCACGAAUCCAAUGGUAAAAUGGAUCAAAGAAGGUGACGGUGAAGAUUUCCCUAAACACGUUCAAGAUAUCAAUGGAACGCUUCAUUUCAAUGGUGUCUUGGAAGAGGACAAAGGUCGUUACACUUGCAUAGCUAGUAAUAUGCAAGGAUCGAUAAAUCAUACGAUUAACAUCGACGUAGUGAUCGCACCAAAGUUUACGAUACAACCACAAAAUCCUACCGAAGCUAUAGAAGGUUACCCAGUGAUGUUGCAUUGUGCUGCCGAAGGCGAUCCUAAACCUACCAUUCAAUGGGACAAAGACUCCCGUAUGAAUAAUUUGGAAAAUCCCCGUUUCGAGGUACUUCCUAAUGGAAGUCUUUACAUCAAGGAGGUAUAUCUUGGUGAUGAAGGAAAGUAUGGUUGCACAGCUGGUAAUAGUGGAGGUUUAAAGAGAGAGGAAGUUCAGUUAAAUGUGAAAGCCGGUGACAGCUAUAGAUCGGAUUUGGAUUUGGAAGCUGGAGACGAUGGUUCGAUGAUGACAAAGACGGUUACUAUUACUCUUAGUGCUGCCGCUGCUUACAUGGUUCUGGUCGUUGGUCUUAUGUUGUACUGCCGUUAUCGACGUCGUAGGAGGAAGCAACAGUAUCUUCAAGAACAAGCUGAGGAAAAAUUAGAGAACGGCGAGGUGCAGGAAGAACAAACGGAAUUGAAGGAGACCACUCACAAGACUAAUUCAACGAGUAAAAAGAAGGAACAUCGUGAUUCUCAGAAUAAGAGCGACGGGGCUGACACCGCACAAAGUCAAAGUAGCAAUCAAUCGAAGAGAUCCAAGUCGAAUUACGACAAGAUAGCGGUAUCGCGUACGAAUUUGAAAGAACUUAAACCAUUGGGCCGGGGUGAGUUCGGUGAGAUUUAUGCGACGAAAUAUCAAUUGGACGGGGAUAAGGAAAGUUUGGUUAUGGUUAAAAGUUUGACCAAUACGAAGGACGAGAUCGCAUUGCAGGAGUUCAAACGACACUUGGAUCUCUUGCAUAAACUAAAUCAUGAGAAUGUUGUCAAGUUGAUUGGACUAUGUCGCGAGGAGGAACCCGAUUAUAUGAUCUUGGAAUAUACCGAUUGGGGAGAUCUCAAACAAUUCUUGAUCGCUUCGAGAAAGGACAACAAUACUAGUCCGUCGCAUGAAUCAAAACCACCACGUGCUCCUCAACUAUCGGUAGCACAGAUAUUGUCAUUGUCAAAUCAAGCGGCAAGAGGUUUGAAACAUUUAGCUGACAGUCGAUUGGUCCAUAAGGACAUAGCCGCACGUAAUUGUCUGAUCGCAAGUAAUCUAACCAUCAAGAUAUCUCUUCCUUGCAUGAGUAAGGAACCGUAUCAUCAAGAAUACACGAAACAUCGGAACCAAGUGAUCCCUCUGAGAUGGCUACCUUAUGAAGCUGUCUAUGAGGACGAAUAUUCUACCAAGAGUGACGUAUAUUCUUUCUCCUGUCUCGUAUGGGAAAUGUUUCAUCAAGGUGAAUUACCAUUCAACAAGAUGAACGAUGAAUCCGUUCUGGCUCAAUUGAAGUCAUUGACGUUAACGUGGAAACCACACAAAGCGGCUCCGCCAACUUUGCAGGAACUUCAGGUACAGUGUUGGGCGAACGAUCCCAGAGAGAGGCCAACCUUCGACGAGGUUGUCUCGAAAAUAGGUGAAAUCGUCGUCGAUAGUUGUCUCUAAUUUAUUCGUUGUCGUCGUAAAGAGAGAGAGAGAGAGAGAGAAAGAGAGAGAGAGAGAGAGAGAGAGAGAGAGAAAAGGAAAAGAAAGGAAAGGAAAAGGAAAGGAAAAAGAAAAAGAAGAAAAAACGAGUCUCCAAAUUUGCUAAAUACUGCGAUAGGGAUAAUAAUUGUGUAAGGCUGUUUAAUCGUAAAAGACGUUUAUCGAGAAACGUUAGGCUUGCUUCGAUGUGAAAACCGAAAAUAAUUUUAAAAACAAAACCAAACUAAAUCGUCCAAGAUUGCAAGAUCUUCAAUGUGUGUUCUCUUUCUUGUCUCGAGUGUGUAUAUAACUGAACGUUUAUAUCGUUGUUUUGAUAAAAAAAAGAAAGAAAGAAAGAAAGAAAGAAAGAAAGAAAAAGAAGAAAAAAAAUUAGUUGAACUUUGUUUUACAUUUGAAAGAAUAGAAGAAUGUUUAGAGAAUACUUAAGCUCGAAAUUUGGAAUAUAAAUCUUUCAAUUACUGCUUUCACAUCGUUGAUCUUGCCAUAAUCGUGUCGAUAAAUAAAACUGAUCGAUAUUAUUGGCUUCUGUCGCAUAAAACGAAACAAAAUAUCAUGACUGGUCGUAAAUAAUUAAUUAAUAGGCCUCGCUGCGCAUCGCUUAGUAUCAUCGAUCAUAUAUCUACGCAUCUUGAUAUAUAUAUAUAUAUAUAUAUAUAUAUAUAUAUAUAUGUAUAUGUAUAUGUAUAUGUAUAUGUAUAGAAUCAUCAGGCCUUUGUGUAAAAUGGAAAAAACGCUUAUUAUUCGCUAAUUUAAUCGUUGUCGACAAAAUUUAUUGUCAUAUUAAGCGAUACGUCCACUAUGAUACGAAAAAGAAAGGAAACCAUCACUUUCGAGCAUCUUUCUUGAUAUACAGGGUGUCUCUAUAAAAGAAAAGAAAAGAAAGAAAGAAAGAAAGAAAAAGAAAAAUACUUGGUCAAGUUCUAAUCCUAUUUCGUAAUAAAAAUUGUUAUAUCAGAAUAGAUUUUAUUGUUCGUUUGAUAAAUGUUAACAAGCGAAAUGUCUCGAUAAUUAUCAAUGAUAAUAUGGCCUACUAUUGAUAAUAACACCUUUUUUCUUUUUUUCUUUUUGUUUUUUUUUAUUAUUAAGAAUUAUCUUUAAAAUCUAACGAAUUAUUCAACUUUCUUCUAGGACAUUCUGUAUACAUUGUAGUAACAUAUUUUAGAUAUCUCGAGUGUAACGUGUGAAAGAAAAAAGAAAAAAGAGAAAGAGAAAGAUAGAAAGAAGAGAAAAGAAAAGAAAAGCAAAGAAAGAAAAUCCAUUGGAUCGUCGAUUGUUAUCAACGUCAAAUUAUUUCACACAUGAUGAUUUUUAAUCAUCGGAAUCACGUAAACGAGGCGUCAUGUUUUGCGUUUAUUGCAGAACGUCGCUCAUUAAUUCGCAAUCAUUAUUCGUAUUACGGUGUUUUUGUCGCGUCCAUUAGAUAAGGGUAAUAAUAUUUAUUUCCAGUUAGGAUAUCCGCUCCAAUGAAUGCUACCGUGUCCAGGUUAAGUAAUAUUAAUAUUAAUAUUAUUAAUAAUAAUAAAAAAUAAUAUAAUAAUAAUAAUAAUAAUAAUAAUAAUAAUAAUAAUAAUAAUAAUAAUAAUAACGAUAAUCAUGCAUACGAAUUCAAUACAUAUAAACGAUAUUAUAUACUUAAAUGCAAUACUUAGUAUUCAAUAUCAAUAUGUAAUAAUAAUAAUAAUAAUUAUAAUUAUAAUUAUAAUAAUAGUAAUAAUAGGUAUGGUCACUACAUCGAAUACUCUUAAGGAUAAGUAACUCGAUAGGAAAAUCGAAGAAAAGUAACGACACGAACGUUUUCGAUCGAUCGAAAUCAUGUUUGAAGAGAAAGAAUGUGACGAUAAUUAAGAAAAGUAUCGUUAUUACGAUUAUUAUAACGACGAACGCGAUCUUGUCUUCGCAUUAAAUUCCUUUUCUUUCUUUUUUUUUUUUUUCCUUUUCUGUUUCUCUUUUUUUCUUUCCUUUUUUCUUUUUUAUUUACUCGACACUUCUCGUCAUUCGUACGUCGUUGUUGUUAG